AUGCUUCUUUUUCUUUUUUCUUCUUCUCUGCUUACAUGCUUCUUUUUCUUUUUUCUUCUUCUUCUGCUUACGCUUCUUUUUUUUUUUUUUUCUUCUUCUCUGCUUACAUGCUUCUUUUUCUUUUUUCUUCUUCUCUGCUUACAUGCUUCUUUUUCUUUUUUCUUCUUCUCUGCUUACAUGCUUCUUUUUCUUUUUUCUUCUUCUCUGCUUACAUGCUUCUUUUUCUUUUUUCUUCUUCUCUGCUUACAUGCUUCUUUUUCUUUUUUCUUCUUCUUCUUUGCUUACAUGCUUCUUUUUCUUUUUUCUUCUUCUCUGCUUACAUGCUUCUUUUUCUUUUUUCUUCUUCUCUGCUUACAUGCUUCUUUUUCUUUUUCUUCUUUCUCUUACAUGCUUCUUUUCUUUUUUCUUCUUCUCUCUUACAUGCUUCUUUUUUUUUUUUCUUCUUCUUUCUGCUUUACAUGCUUCUUUUUUUUUUUCUUCUUCUUCUGCUUACAUGCUUCUUUUUUUUUUUCUUCUUCUUUUCUUUCUUCUUCUUUUUUUUUUUUUUUUCUUCUUCUUGCUUUCAUGCUUCUUUUUCUUUUUUCUUCUUCUUCUUUGCUUACAUGCUUCUUUUUCUUUUUUCUUCUUCUUCUUUAUCUUCUUUUCUUUUCUUUUUCUUUUUGCUUCUUUUCUUUUUCUUCUUCUUACAUGCUUCUUUUUCUUUUUUCUUCUUCUUCUUCUUUUUCUUUUUUCUUCUUCUUCUUCUUUCUUUUUUUUUUCUUCUUCUUCUUUUCUUCCAAUCUUUUCUUUUUCUUUUUUUUUCUUCUUCUCUGCUUACAUUCUUUUUUUUUUCUUUUCUUCUUCUCUCUUCUUUUCUUUUUUCUUCUUCUUCUUCUUUUUCAUGCUUCUUUUUUUUUCUUCUUCUUCUUUGCUUUCAUGCUUCUUUUCUUUUCUUCUUUCUACAUGCUUCUUUUUCUUUUUCUUCUUCUUUUUACAUGCUUCUUUUCUUUUUUCUUCUUCUCUGCUUACAUGCUUCUUUUCUUUUUCUUCUUCUUCUGCUUUUUCUUCUUUUUCUUUUUUCAAUUCUUAGCUUCUUUUCUUUUUCUUCUUCUCUGCUUUCAUUUUUCUUUUUUUUUUUUUUCUUCUUCUUUGCUUACAGAAGUUUUUCUUUUUUCUUCUUCUUCUUUGCUUCUUUUUCUUUUUUUUCUUAUUACAUGCUUCUUUUCUUUUUUUUCUUCUUCUGCUUUUUUCUUCUUCUUUUUCUUUUCUUUUUUUUUUUUCUUUUCUUACAUGCUUUUUUCUUCUUCUUUUUGCUUCUUUUCUUUUUCUUCUUCUUACAUGCUUCUUUGCUUUUUCUUCAUGCUUCUUUUUUUUCUUUUCUUCUUCUUCUUUUGCUUACUUCUUUCUUCUUCUUUAGAUGCUUUUUUUUUCUUUUCUUGCUUUCUUUCUUCUUUUUGCUUCUUUUUCUUACAUGCUUCUUUUUCUUUUUCUUCUUUUCUCUACUUCUUUUUCUUUUCUUUUUUCUUUCUUCUUUUUCUUUUUGCUUUUACAUGCUUUUUUUCUUUUUCUUCUUUCUUUCUUCUUCUUUUUACUUUUUUCUUCUUCUUUUUGCUUUUUUCUUUUCUUCUUUCUUUCUUACAUUCUUUUUUUUCUUCUUCUUUUUCUUACAUGCUUCUUUUCUUUUUUCUUCUCUUUUUCUUCUUCUUCUUACAUUUUUUUUUUUCUUCUUUUUCAUGCUUCUUUUCUUCUUUUCUUUUUGCUUCUUUUUUUUUUGCUUCUUUUCUUUUUUCUUCUUUCUUACAUGCUUUUUUGUUUUUUUCUUUUUUCUUCUUCUUUGCUUACAUGCUUUUUUUUUUCUUCUUUUUCUUCUUCUUUUUUUUUUUUCUUCUUCUCUUUUGUUUUUCUUUUUCUUCUUCUUUGCUUACAUGCUUUUUUUGUUUUUCUUCUUCUUUUUACAUCUUCUUUUCUUUCUUCUUCUUCUUUUUACCUUUUCUUCUUCUUUUCAUUCUUCUUCUUUGUUUUCAUGCUUCUUUUUUUUUCUUUGCUCUUCUUCUUUUUUUUCUUCUUUUCUUCUUCUUUUCUUCUUCAUUGCUUUUUUGUUUUUUUUUUUUCUUCUUCUUCUGCUUCUUUUCUUUUUCUUCUUCUUUUUUCUUUUCUUUUUCUUCUUCUUUUUUUUCUUCUUCUUUUGCUUACAUGCUUCUUUUCUUUUUUUUCUUCUCUUGCUUUUUUUCUUUUCUUUUUCUUCUUCUUUUUACAUGCUUCUUUUUCUUUUUCUUCUUCUUUCUUUUCUUCUUUUUCUUUUUCAUCUUUUUGUUUUUCUUUUUUUUCUUCUUCUUUGCUUACAUGCUUCUUUUUUUUUUUUUUUUCUUCUUUUUCUUCUUCUUUUUUUCUUUUUUUUCUUCUCUUUUUGUUUUUUUUUUUCUUUUUUUUCUUCUUUUUUUUCUUCUCUGCUUCUUGCUUUUUCUUUUUUCUUCUUCUUCUUUUGCUUUUUUCUUUUUCUUUUUUUCUUUCUUCUUUUCUUUUUUUUUUCUUUUUUCUUUUUCUUUUUCUUUUUCUUUUCUUCUUCUCAUGCUUUUUUUCUUUUUUUUUUUCUUUUUCUUCUUCUUUGCUUACAUGCUUUUUUGUUUUUUUUUCUUCUUCUUCUUUCUUACAUGCUUCUUUUGUUUUUCUUUUUUUCUUCUUCUUUUUCAUGCUUCUUUUGUUUUUCUUUUUCUUCUUCUUUGCUUACAUGCUUUUUGUUUUUCCUUUUUCUUUUUUUCUUACAUGCAUGCUUUUUUUUUUUUUUUCUUCUUCUUGCUUUUCUUUUCUUUUUCUUGUUUUUCUUUUUGCUUCUUCUUUUUCUUUUCUUCUUCUUCUUGCUUUUUUUUUGUUUUUCAUGCUUCUUUUCUUUUUCUUCUUCUUGCUUACAUGCUUCUUUUCUUUUCUUCUUUUUUCUUCUUCUUUUGCUUACAUGCUUUUUUCUUUUUUUUCUUCUUCUUUCAUGCUUCUUUUCUUUUUGCUUUUUGUUUUGCUUUUUCUUUUUUUUUUCUUCUCUUUUUUUUCUUCUUUUUCUUUUUCUUCUUCUCUGCUUACAUGCUUCUUUUUCUUUUUUCUUCUUCUUCUUUGCUUACAUGCUUCUUUUUCUUUUUUCUUCUUCUCUGCUUACAUGCUUCUUUUUUUUUUUUUCUUCUUUUUUUUUCUUUUCUUGCUUCUUUUCUUUUUCUUCUUCUUUGCUUUUCUUCUUUUCUUUUUCUUUGCUUACAUGCUUCUUUGCUUUUUUCUUUUUCUUCUUCUCUUUUUCUUCUUUCUUUUGCUUCUUUUUUUUUUUCUUUUUUUUUCUUCUUCUUUGCUUUUUUCUUCUUCUUCUUUUACCUGCUUCUUUUUUUUCUUUUCUUCUCUUUUUUCUUCUUUUUUUGCUUUUUUUCUUUUUCUUCUUCUUUGCUUACAUGCUUCUUGUUUUUCUUUUUUUCUUCUUCUUUGCUUACAUGCUUCUUUUCUUUUUGUUUUCUUCUUUUUUUCUUUACAUGCUUUUUUCUUUCUUCUUUUUCCUUUUUCUUUUCUUCUUCUUUGCUUACAUGCUUUUUUUUUUUUUUUCUUCUUCUUUGCUUACAUGCUUCUUUUCUUUUUCUUCUUUUUUCUUCUUCUUUUUCUUUUUUCUUCUUUCUCUUACAUGCUUUUUUUCUUUUUUUCUUCUCUUUUUCUUCUUUUUUUUUCUUCUUCUCUGCUUACAUGCUUCUUUUCUUUUUCUUCUUCUUUUCUUUUUUCUUUUUCUUUUUUCUUCUUCUUCUUACAUGCUUCUUUUUCUUUUUCUUUUUUUCCUUUUUCUUCUUCUUUUCUUACAUUUUUUUUUUUUCCUUUUUUCUUCUUUUCUUUCAUGCUUCUUUUUCUUUUUUCUUCUUCUCUGCUUACAUGCUUCUUUUUCUUUUUUCUUCUUCUUCUUUGCUUACAUGCUUCUUUUUUUUUUCUUUUUUUCUUCUUUUCUUCUUCUUCCUUUUGCUUCUUCUCUUUUUUUUUUUCUUCUCUUGCUUUUCCUUUUCUUCUUCUUUCUCUUACAUGCUUCUUUUCCUUUUCUUCUUCUCUGCUUACAUGCUUCUUUUUCUUUUUCUUCUUCUCUUAUGCUUCUGCUUCUUUUUUUUUUCUUCUUCUUCUUUUUUUCUUUUUUCUUCUUUCUUCUUGCUUCUUCUUUUUUCCUUUUCUUCUUCUUUUCUUUCAUUUCUUCUUCUUUUACAUGCUUCUUUUUUUUUCUUCUUCUCCUUACAUGCUUCUUUUUUUUUCUUCUUCUUCUUCUUUUCUUCUUUUCUUUUUUUCUUCUUCUCUGCUUACAUGCUUCUUUUUUCUUUUUUCUUUUCUUCAUACUUCUUUUUUUUUCUUUUCUUUUUCUUCUUCUUCUUACAUGCUUCUUUUUUUCCUUUUUUCUUUUUCUUUUUCUUUUUCUUUUCUUUUCUUUUUUUUCUUUUCUCUUACAUGCUUCUUUUUCUUUUUUUUCUUCUUCUUUUCUUCUUUUCUUUUUCUUUUUCUUCUUUUUCUUUUUUCUUUUUUUUCUUCUUCUCUCUUACAUGCUUUUUUUUCUUUUCUUGUUUUUCUUCUUUUCUUUUUUCUUCUUCUUACAUGCUUCUUUUCUUUUUUUCUUCUUCUUUUUCUUUUUCUUUUUUCUUCUUCUUUGCUUACAUUCUUCUUUUCUUUUUUCUUCUUCUCUUUACUUUUACUUCUUUCUUUUUCUUCUUCUUUUUCUUCUUUUUUUUCUUCUUCUUUGCUUACAUGCUUCUUUUUCUUUUUUCUUUUUGCUUAUGCUUCUUUUUUUUUUUCUUCUUUCUUUUUUUUUUCUUCUUGUUUUUUCUUUUUCUUCUUCUUCUUCUUUUUUUCUUUUCUUUUUCUUCUUUCUUUGCUUUCAUUUUCUUUUUCUUCUUCUUUUCCUUUUCUUCUUUUUUCUUCUUCUUCUUCUUACAUUCUUUUUUGUUUUUUUUUUUUCUUCUUUGCUUACAUGCUUCUUUUCUUUUUCUUCUUCUUUGCUUACAUGCUUUUUUUUUUUUUUUUUCUUCUUCUUCUUUUCUUUUUUCUUUUUUCUUUUUCUUCUUUUUUCUUUUUUUUUUUCUUCUUCUUCUCCUUUUCUUUUUCUUCUUUUUUCUUUUUUUUCUUCUUCUCUCUUUUCUUCUUUUCUUUUUUUCAUCUUCUUCUUUUUCUCUUUUUCUUUUUUCUUCUUAA